AGCGCGUAAGCAAGAAAUUAAGGGCUUCUUUGUUUAACAUGUGAGGUGCCUCACCCAUGUAGAGCUUCUUUGUUUGACUUGAAACAUACAUACAAACAUUGCCACAACAGAAGAGUUAUCAUUACACUAUUAUCAACAUAUCUUCCAAAUUCAGUUUUCUGGGGUUGAAUGCGAUAUCUGCUCGACGUUCCCAGAAAAUCAGGAAAGAAGGAUGGUUCAGACACUGGAAGCCAUCAAGGGUGGUGGAGGCUCUAUUAAAGUAGGAACAACUGGUACAAUCGGUGCUUUGAUGUCGAGAGAAUUAGAUUCUAAGAAAGUUUCUCCUCAGACAUCGGUUUCAUGUAGAAGUAGGUCUCCUACUGUUUGUUCUUUCAUUGCUGGCAGUGCUUCCAGUCCCAAAAGAGUGAAUCCAAAAACAUCAGGUGCCGAAGCAAGCAGCAGUGGGAUGUCUGUGAGCAAUAUGAAAUGUAGUGAAAUUGUCAGGAAAACAAAACACUACAGUCGAAAAACUCAACAAAUUCCAAUACUAGAAUCAGAAAAUAUUUCCGUAGAUAGAACGCCUGUUAGGCAGAAACCUGAUAGAAAGGGACAUCACAUGGUGAAAAUUGUGGACAUAAAUUGUGGGAAUGUUGACAGAACUUGGGCAGGCCCUAUAAAGAAUCGCCUGAAGAAGCUUGGUUUCUCAAAGCUAUCUGAGAGUCCUGUCUAAGUGCCUAAUCCUUGAACAUCAACCUUUAAAUUACAGUUGGUUCAUUACAUAAUAUCAACUUAUUGCUCCCUCUUCUCUUUUUGGGGUCGUGGCCGAUGAUCCACGGUCUGGUAACAGCUAACAGAAGCCAUAUCUUCAAGUUGGCGAGGCUCGUUAGACCUGUCAUCACAAAUAAGAUGAUGCAUUGAGGUUGAAGAGAGGUUGUCCUGAGCUGUGAUCCUUGUCUUGAUUUUGAGAAUUGGUUAUUUUGGUUAGGCCUAAUUCCAAGUGCAUUUACUUGGCUUCUCUUUUCAGAGUCUCGACCCAAAAGGGCCACUUAAUUUGACUUGUAAUGUUAAUGGUUAAAUUAAAUAAAAUCAUCUAUUUGAUGCAC